AUGGAUGCGCAGGUGCAACCGCCUGUCCCACCUCAACAGGCGCAACAGCAACAGCAAACCGGUGCUGCUGCUGCAACUGCUGCUCCUCCUGCACCAGCUGCUGCCCGCCCUGUUGCAGCUCGGACGCGAGACACUUUCAAUCAACAGUCGCUCGGUGCCACGACUAAUGCGCGGGUCAAACAGGCUACGGUGCUCAUGGUCGGUGCGGGUGGCAUUGGAUGCGAGCUCUUGAAGGACCUCGUCCUGACCGGCUUCGGCGAGAUUCACAUUGUCGACCUCGACACAAUCGACCUGAGCAAUCUCAACCGACAGUUCCUCUUCCGACACGAGCAUAUCAAGAAAUCCAAGGCUCUGGUCGCGAAGGAGGCUGCGCAACAAUUCAACCCGAAUGUCCAGAUCACCGCCCACCAUGCGAAUAUCAAGGAUGCGCAGUUCAAUGUCAAAUGGUUUCGGGGCUUCAAUCUGGUCUUCAAUGCGCUAGACAAUCUCGACGCUAGGCGGCAUGUCAACAAGAUGUGUCUGGCGGCCGAUGUGCCCUUGAUCGAGAGUGGUACGACUGGCUUCAACGGCCAGGUCCAGGUCAUCAAGAAGGGCGUCACGGCUUGCUACGACUGCAGCCCCAAGGAGACGCCCAAGUCCUUUCCCGUCUGCACGAUCCGCAGCACACCCAGCCAACCCAUCCACUGCAUUGUCUGGGGAAAGAGCUACCUGCUCAACGAGAUGUUUGGCGCAAGCGAGGACGAGUCGGCAUUCGAUCACUCUGCCGACCAAGACAACGCGCAGGAAAUCAAGGAGCUGAAGAAGGAAUCAGAGGCCCUGAGGGCGAUUCGCCAGUCGGUUGGCAAGGAGGAGUUCCCUCAACUGCUCUUCGACAAGGUCUUCAACACCGAUAUUGUCAGGUUGAGAUCGAUGGAGGAUAUGUGGAAGUCGCGAAAGCCCCCAGAGCCUCUCGACUACAAGACGGUGCUCGGGCAGGCUACGGAGGCCCUGGCCAGCAAGGAGGCUUUGCUGCGCGAUGACCAACGACCCUGGACGUUGGAGGAGAACCUCGUGGUCUUCAACGAUAGCCUCGAUAGGCUGAGCAAGCGCAUCUUGGAGAUGAGGAGGACUCAGGCAGCGACUGGACCGGAGCCCCUGAUUGAGUUCGACAAGGACGACGAAGAUACGCUCGACUUCGUCACUGCUAGCGCCAACAUUCGCUCAACCCUGUUCGGCAUUGAGCGCAAGAGCCGAUUCGACAUUAAGCAGAUGGCCGGCAACAUCAUUCCCGCAAUUGCGACGACGAAUGCCAUUGUUGCCGGGCUUUGCGUGUUGGAGUCGUUCAAGGUGCUGAACGGAGAGUACAAUCAAGCCAGGGAGGUCUUCUUGACACCAUUCGCUUCCGCUCGCCUCCUCGCCUCGGAUCGUCCCCGGGAGCCGAACCCUAACUGUCCGGUCUGCAGUGUCUACUCAACCAGUGUCAGCGUUGAUCUGUCGCGGGCUACAUUGAGUGACCUUGUCGAGGACUUUAUCAAGAUGCACCUGGGCUACGGCGAAAAGGAGUUUGCUCUCGGCAACGAGGUCGGCAUUCUGUAUGACCCCGACGAGACGGAAAAUCUUGGCAAGAAGUUGAGCGAGCUCGGCAUCAAACCCGACAGCUUUGUGACUGUCACGGAUGAAGAUGAUGACGAGCCCUUUGUCAACGUCGUCGUUCACAUUCAAGAAGCUGAGCAGGGCCAGGGGGACAAGCCUGUCAAGCCAUUGGCGGCUGAUGAGAAGCCCGAGAUCCCUCGGAAGCCCAAGGCCGCGUCAACCCAGCCAACAAACGGCACAGCAUCGCAGAACGGCAAGCAUGUCGUCGAGGAGGUAGAUAUGCUCCAGUCCAAUAAGCGACCUCAUCCCGACGGCACAAACGGCACUGCCGAGCCGCAGGCGAAGAAGGCGAAGAUGGCCGGCAGCAACGGACCGGCGGCGGAUGACGACGUACUCGUCGUGGAUGAUGGCGCCAGCGGCGGCGCUAUCGUGAUUGAUGACGACUGA